ACCCUUUCCAUAAAAAUCCAAAACUGAAACGCGAAGAUAAAAUCAGUGAAGCUUUUGCUAGUCUCGCCGCUCUGUAUCUGGAAAGAGAGAGAUAGAGAGAGAGAAUCAAUGGCUUCUCUCAUCAACAAACCCUUUUCUCUCUGCAACUCUUUCAACGCCACCACCAAGCCCGACCUCUGCCCCGAACCUAAUUUCUUCAGACGCUGUCGUCUGGGUGCUCACUAUUUCAGUGUGAAAAAGGCUUCUUUCCCCACGAUUUCCUGCAAAGCCGUGUCUGUGAAGCAGCCCUCAUCGUCGACUACCCAUAUCGAUGGACUCAACAUCGCCGAGGAUGUUACUCAGCUUAUAGGGAACACACCAAUGGUGUUCUUGAAUACUAUUGUAAAAGGUUGUGUUGCAAAUAUUGCUGCCAAACUUGAGAUUAUGGAGCCAUGUUGCAGUGUCAAGGACAGGAUAGGAUUCAGUAUGAUAGCUGAUGCUGAGGAGAAGGGGCUUAUCUCACCAGGGAAGACUGUCUUGGUGGAACCUACGAGUGGUAACACUGGCAUUGGACUAGCCUUUAUUGCUGCUUCUAGAGGAUACAAACUCAUUUUAACAAUGCCUGCAUCGAUGAGUCUUGAGAGAAGGGUUCUUCUGAAAGCUUUCGGUGCUGAUCUGAUUGUGACGGAUCCGGCCACGGGAAUGAAAGGCGCUGUUCAAAAAGCUGAAGAGAUAUUGAAUAAAACACCCAAUGCCUAUAUGCUUCAACAAUUUGACAAUCCUGCAAAUCCUAAGAUACACUAUGAAGCAACUGGUCCGGAGAUCUGGGAAGAUACGAAAGGAAAGGUGGACAUACUUGUUGCAGGCAUUGGUACUGGUGGAACCAUUUCUGGUGCAGGGCGAUUUCUCAAGGACCAAAACCCUAACAUUAAGAUCAUUGGCGUGGAGCCAACAGAAAGCAACGUAUUAUCCGGUGGAAAGCCUGGCCCUCACAAAAUUCAAGGGAUUGGGGCAGGUUUUAUUCCAGGAAAUUUAGAUCUAAAGGUGGUGGAUGAAGUAAUAGAGAUAUCAAGUGAUGAUGCUGUUGAAACUGCGAAGCAAUUAGCAGUUAAAGAAGGAUUGCUGGUGGGCAUUUCCUCGGGAGCAGCUGCAGCUGCUGCAAUGGUGGUUGCAAAGCGACCUGAGAAUGCGGGAAAGCUUAUUGCGGUUGUUUUCCCUAGCUUUGGGGAGCGGUAUCUAUCGAGUGUACUUUUCCAGUCGAUUCGGGAUGAAUGCGAAAAAAUGCAACCGGAGGCGUGAGCAUAUUGAUUUUGAAGUGAUUUUCUGAACGCAAAUAAAAACAAUUUUUGAUGAACUUUUGUUAUAGUUUGAUUAGUUUCUUAACUUUGGUGGAUUGUUGCAUAAUCAACUUGUAAUUCAGAACUAAAUGAUCUCUGAUGUAAAUUUUCUUUGUGCUGCAUUUGUUGGCAAAGUUGAUUAUACUCUUGAUUAAAAUGGACUUAAUAGCUGAUUUAGUCUCCGA